UCGCUAAUGUGGUGAAAAAUUGCAAAUCAAAACAAAAAUGAAAAUUUUCAUUGAAAUGGAUAAAUUACUUUGAUGUUAAAGCCGCAACAGAGAGUAAAAUCAAAAUGAAUCUUUCACAAAACAAUAUUGAAGCACUUCUUUUCAAAACGCUACAAAAAUGCGAUGAAUCAAAGUAAUCCUCAGAUAUUGAAAGAAACUGAACAAAAUCUAUCUUCUUGGGAGAAAGAACCAAAUUUUUAUAGAACCAUCCUUAAUUUUUAUUCGAACCUUCAACUGGAUGAAGGAGUAAGGUACAUGGCGAUACUUACGCUCAAGAAUGGCAUCGAUAGACAUUGGAGAAAAACUCAAGCUAGUGCCAUCAAUCCAGAAGAAAAAAGCCAAAUCAAAUCACAACUGUUAAGUAAUUUUAAUGAACCUCGUGAUCAACUUGCAGUACAAUUUGCAGUGACGAUAUCAAAAAUUGCAAGACUUGACUGUCCUAAUGAUUGGCCAGAACUGAUGCCGAUUUUGAUUGCACGAAUUAAUAGUACCAAUGAAUUAGAACAGAAACGAAGUAUUCAAGUUCUUGUUCAAGUCGUCAAGCAACUUUCGACGAGAAGACUUCAUCAUGAUCGAAUGAUGUUUGAAGAGUUCACUUCUAAUAUUUUCGAAUUUUGCGUUAAUUUAUGGAACGGAUUCACGAUGUUUUAUUUCCAAAACAUUCAAAGAAAUGACUCACUGGCAACGUGUCAAAGCAAUCUCGAGAAAGCGAUGAUGAUGUUGAGAAUACUCAGAAAAUUAACCAUUUACGGCUUCCCAAAAUCAUCACAAGCACAGAAACCAAUUAAUUUCCUUAAAAACAUUUUCGAGAGAAUAAAGGAUCUUCUUGAAUGUCGUUUGCGAAUCAAAUCGUCGCCUUUUGAUUUCCUACCAUUACUUGAAAGGCACGAGAAAUUUGUACUCAAACAUAUGAAAGUGUUGACAGAAUUUCAAGAACAUCACCGACUUGUCUUCAUGGAGUUUGCACCGCAAGUCUUGGAAAUGUCAUUUAAUUAUGUUUUCUUUGAAGGCAGCCAAUUCAUUUUCGACAACAAUCAACUGACGAUGCCAAACUUCGUAAUACAUUGCUUAAACCUCAUCAAAAGUUAUUUGCUUAAUAGCACCGGAAAUAUUUAUAUCCAUCGGCCAACGGAAGUCGAAGACAAUUUGUCAGAUCUUUUAAAAAACUUUUUCACGCAGGAACGUUUAGGAUAUAUAAUGGAAAAGUUGUUGAUGCAUUACUUCCUUUUGACUCCGUCUGAUAUCGAGCAAUGGGAAGACGACCCCGAAGCUUAUGUCACUGAUGAAGGUGGCGACAGUUGGAAAUAUUCAUUAAGAAGUUGCACUGAAACAUUCUUAACUGCACUCUUUCGAAAGUAUCCUUCAAUUCUUUGCCAGCAACUUGUUGUCUUCAUUCAAAAAUCACAGUCAAUACAACUAACUGAAUCAUCAGAUGUCAAUGACAUUCUUAUUAAGGAAUCGAUUUACAAUGCUGCUGGAUUGACAGCUUUCCAUCUUUUUGACGAUGUUGAUUUCGAUGCUUGGUUUACAUCUCAACUUGUACAUGAAUUAAAAAUUCAAGGGAGUAACUUUAGAGUGUUAAGAAAGCGAAUAAUUUGGAUGGUUGGUCAGUGGACGGGAGUGAAAUUCUCAAAAGAUUUAAGACCAAUGGUAUACGAAUCAUGUUUGGAACUACUUCAACCAACAGAAGAUCUUGUUAUUCGACUCACAGCAUCAAAAACAUUGAGAAUUAUUUUAGAUGAUUUCGACUUUUGCGCUGAACAAUUUCUGGAAUUUCUUGAGCCUUCGUUUACACUUCUCUUUCUUCUUCUCAAGGAGUCGAAAGAAUGCGAUACAAAAAUGAAUGUCUUGUAUGUCAUGUCGUUUAUCGUUGAAAAAAUGUCAAUGUCUAUAAAGAUUCAAGCUGAUAAUUUAGUUUCCUAUCUUCCGAUGCUUUGGGAAGAAGGAGUUGCACAUAACAUGUUGCGUGUUGCUAUAAUAUCGGCAUUGCUUCAAAUAAUUAAAGCAAUUUAUGAACUUCCUGAAUCAACAACGCCUUUUAUUUAUCAAGUUAUUGAAAUGUCAACCAAUGUGAAUGAUCCAUCAACAGUUUACUUAUUGGAAGAAGGUCUCGAACUUUGGUUGGUUGUCAUCCAAUAUACAUCAUCACCUAACGAAGCCCUCUUCAAACUUUGCGGUAAUUUAUUACCUAUAAUUGAAUCAUCUACGAUGAAUUUGAAGACUUGUCUUUUAAUAAUGCAAGCAUAUAUGUUGCUUUGUCCUGAACUCUAUGUUCAAAAAUAUGGAAAGGAAUUGGUUGCUACAUGUCAAUAUCUCUUGAAUGAUAUAAGAACUGAAGGAAUUGUAAUCAUAUGCAAACUUUUUAUAACAAUGAUCAAAGUUCAUUCAGAUUUUGCAAUUGAGUUGCUUCAUCCUGUAAUGAUUGACAUUUUAAAACAUCUUCUAAGCAACUCUGAUUAUUUGACGACCACGCAAACUUAUCUUCAAGUUGUCACAAGAUAUUUUCUUGCUAAUCAACAUGCGCUAAGCUGUAUUUUGGAAGAACUUCAAAUUGAAGAUGCUUUCAAAAAGCUUUUGAAAAUUUGGCUUGACACAAUGCCAUCUGUCAUACAAAAUGAAGAUAAGAAACUUCUUGCGAUUGGACUUUGCAGUCUUUUGACUGUUCCCAACAAUGUCAUCAUGGAAAACUUUUCAGUGAUUAUCAUAAAUAUUUUUGAGACACUUUGCGAUAUCAUGAAAUCAGAUUCUGCGGAAAGUGCAGAAGUUGACUCGUUAGUUUUGGCAGAUGCAUCUGAUGACGACUAUUAUGGAAUGAACAAUGACAUGGAAGAUUUUGAACAUAAAACGCCGCACUUUGAACGAUACAAAGGAAUUUGUUUGAAGGAUCCAGUUCAUGUAAUCGUUCUAAAAGAUUGUUUACAAUCUCAGAGUAACCUUUUUCUCAAUAAACUUUAUUUGUUAAUCAGAACAGUAAAUACUAAAAUGAAUUCAAAUUUUGCACAACAAUCAGAUCCAGGAGUUGAUCGUAAUAUUGAUAUCGAUUAUCUCUACGCAUUACAACUCCAUAAAGAACUGAACGGACUCGAAGCCGAAGAAGCUAUGCAAAUACAAAGACAAAAAGAUAUUCAGGAUACAAAUAAGGUUCUUCAGCUCAUGGACGGAGAGCAACAAGGAGAAUCAAGUUCGAUUGUUAAUGGGAUCUCACUGCUUCACCAUAAUCAUGAAAAUAGUAACAAAUCUCAGUAUAUUUCUCAACAAGUCAAACGAACUAGUCCAGAAGAAUAUUAUUUACCAUCGCUUAAGACUUUCAUAAAUUUAAACAAUUCUCAAGAAUGGAAGGAAAUUUCAAUAGAGCCAAACGUGUCAUUUAUUUUCUCACGACUUCGUUCAAAAUUCUUCUGUAAUGUGCGAAAAGUUCGAGCUUACACAAUAUCAUGGAGUGAAUCACCAUUCUCAGAUUCAUCUAACUUUACGAUUAAUCCUAAUAAUCGAACCAUUCAACUCAACCGUGACACACUUUUGAUUUGUGAUAGAAUUCAUUUCAUCAGUGUACUCUUUCAUAUUCUUAUUCAUUGUUCAGUUUACGAAACUUCACAAUCCUCCACUCGUAGAAUUUACAAUCACGAUUCAAAUUAUCUUGCAAUCAUGAAAUUUUUUAAUGAAAACUUAGAAUUGGAAAUCGGCACAAAUCACACAUUCAUCAGAUCAGUCGAAAACAAAACAGAUCGUUAUCAUUGCAUUGGCGAAUGUUGCUCUUCAGAUCGUUCCUUCAGUUUUAUCUUAAAUUAUUGUUUAAAUCAGCAAAUAUAUACGAUUGGCGAAAUAAUUGCCGAAAAUCACAAAAAAUUAUGCUCUGGACGGUUUCAUAAAAUUUUCGAAGCAGUGAGAGUCUACAACAAUGUCAAAGAAAUCAAAUAUGUCAUCAACCGUCAUUAUGAAGAUCCAAAAGUGAAUGGAUCUAAUGUUGUUGUUCCUGAACACAAUUCUCAUGCAAUUGCUCACUUCGACUUGACAAAUGAAGAACAUUCUCAUAAUGUGAAGUCUUUAGUUCAAGUUAUUGAUCUUGAUGAUGAAGAGUUCACAAGCCCACAUUGUCCACCUCGUAAAAUUGUGGAAGUCAUAAAGAAUAAUUUCAAUGCUGAAGCUUGUCCAAUUUGUGAAAGUUCUUUCAUGCUUAUCAAAUUCAUUAAACACAUCAAUUUUUGUACAGGCAUAAAAAUACAUUAAAAUGUUUAAAAGAAAAUAAAUUUAAUAGCUUGUUUAUAUAUUUCUUAUCUUAUAUUAACAAACUAUAUAAAUACCUAAUUUAUGCAAAUUCCAUCUAUUUUCAUGAUAUAAUUUCACACGUUACAUAAUUUUUAUGUUCACAUAAAAGAUUUUCUUAUUUUAGUUUUAAAUUGCC